GCAGUUUCCUGUUCCUACACGGAGUAGUUACGGUGCUGAUCAAAAUAAUGGUUAUUUGGUUGAUUGUCGUGUCAUUAUUGAUUAUAAUUUCGUUUAGAUUCGUUUUCUUUCGCCAUGAAAAAGGAUUUGCAAAAUCAUUAAAACAUGUAAUGGGCAGGCUGUCAAACCAAGACACCGAUCUGUCGGGUGUAAGGGCACUGUUUGUCACCGCGCACCCGGAUGAUGAAUGUAUGUUCUUCGCGCCAACCAUUAUACAACUGGUUCAGUUUAACGCCAGUGUUUAUCUUCUCUGUUUAUCUGAAGGAAAUUAUUACAAUCAAGGAUCUUUGCGUAAAGAAGAACUACUCAACAGCUGUGCAGUGUUGGGGAUACCAGGAUCUAAGGUUUCCAUAAUAGACCACAAAAAUCUUCCAGAUGAUCCCAAUGCACAAUGGAGCAUCUCCUUAGUGUCUUCUGUUAUCUCCAAACACAUGAAGAUGAAUUCCAUCAAUCUGGUGCUGACUUUUGAUGGACGAGGAGUAAGCGGCCAUGCAAAUCACACAGCCAUCUAUAAAGCUGUCAGCCAUCUUACUUGUACAGGAGAACUGCCCAUUGACUGCUGUUUGUUGUCAUUGGAGACUGUUGGUAUGAUCAGAAAGUACCUCUCUCUUCUGGAGCUUCCCCUGAGCUGGCUGCUGCCCUCAUCCCUCUGCUGUAUAACAGGCCUGGGGGGCUACAGACAAGCCAAAGCUGCUAUGCUUUGUCAUCGCACUCAACUACUGUGGUUUCGUUACCUGUACAUCAUAUUUUCACGGUACAUGUUUGUGAAUACUUUUCACAUAAUCCCACAAGGACCAAAAAAUCUGAAAAUGUAUUAAAUUAAAUUUUUUAUUUGAUUUUAUCAAGUGUGUUGCUUUAGCUAUUUUUAUCCUUGACAAAUUAUUCAAAAGUCAACAAUUUACUGUAUAUACUUAUUAGAAACACUGCAAUAUAAACAGUGUAGUGUAACUAUGUUGAAUUAAGUCUUGACACUGAUUUUUUAUAUUUAGUGAUUUUAAUACUGUUUUUACACAGAGGUGAAUAAACAGUUUGGUAUUCUUGGUUA